AGACUUGUAGUCGAGUCAAGGCAUGGAUAGAUUGACGCUAGGAGCCCUACAUUCGAGACUUGGUUGCCUUAUUCUUGUUUGUUAAUACUUUUCCUCUAAGUCUUUGAUCUGCCUAAUUUUCUCAACAAAGAGUUGAGGCUAAGCUUUCUAGAGUUCUCCAUCUGAUCUAGUUUUCCUCAUCCUCACCAUGUACUCAUCAAAGCCGAAUUCGUAUGAGAAGUUUUCCGAGAACACCGAUGCUUCUCCGCCGACUGGUAUUCCGGUGAACUCCAGCAACCCCUAUUAUAGCCAUCCUGCUCAUCAUCAACAUACUGAUCAAUAUGACAAGAACUCCGAAAUGCCUGCUCCUCCUUCUUAUCAACUCCGCCCUACAGCACCUGAGCCGUGGAAGUCCGGCCUCUGUGACUGCUUCUCAGAUCCCAAAAACUGCUUCAUAACCUUUUGUUGUCCAUGCAUCACUUUCGGUCAGAUUGCUGAGAUUGUGGAUAGAGGCUCUACAUCUUGUGGUGCAAGUGGAGCACUGUACACACUGAUAGCUUGUGUGACUACUUGUCCUUGUAUCUAUUCAUGCUUCUAUCGCUCGAAGAUGAGGCGACAGUAUGCUUUGGAAUCGAGCCCUUGUGGUGAUUGUUUGGUUCAUUUCUUCUGCGAGCAAUGCGCCUUGUGCCAGGAGUACCGUGAGCUCAAGAGUCGCGGUUUCGACAUGGCCAUCGGUUGGCAUGGAAAUAUCGAAGAAAGGAACCGUGAAGUGGCAAUGGCUCCAAUGCCCCCGAUGGUGGAGGAAGGCAUGAGUCGCGAUAAAUAAAUAUGGAAUGGAUUGAGCCUACAUAUAUAAAAUUAAAGUUUAUGUUGUUUGUUGUUAUGUAAAAAUAAGAUCUAGUUAUUACUUUAUUGCUUAAGAGUUGUAAGUUGUGCGAAGUUGUGAGGUGUAAUUAGUUUAUAUAUAUAUUGUGUUUAUAAGAUUAAUAAAAUGACGUUCAAUCAUGUUAGUUGUUCAAAUCUCAAUAUCAAUCUAAAUCUUAAAAGAUCGAAUCAAACAUCCA